UGGCGCCAUGUCGUCCCACGGUGUUGGACGCGGCAAGUCCGGCAUGAACAAGGCAGUGGAAGCGGCGGGAAGGGAGAAAAAGGGUCGUCACACCGUCAACAGGAAGAGGAAGGUCAUCCAAGGCGGGCCUUCUGUUGCAGGUUAUAACGAAGAUGACGAGUGGGUGGGGGAGGGGGUGGCGACGCAGGAGGAAAGCGACUUCCAAGAAGAGGAGGAAGUGUUGUUGAAGAGGAGGUUUUUCAGGAGGACGGGUGAAGGCAUCCAAAUCGAAGAGGGGGGCUAUGAGGGUGGCGAAAGACGAGGCGGAGGAGGCCGUGCAGUCAUGGAAGACGCCAUUGACGUCGACGCCGCGACGGCAUCCAGGGAGGGCGUGGCAGGUGCCAUCGCACAGCAAAUGCACACGCCUGUGCCGCGUUUGAAUGACACCCCGACCACACAUGAGCCUGCUGUCCGCGCACGAACACCAACAACCUCACGGUCGAUGACGGUUGCAGAUGUUGGCGGCACUUUGCAAGCCAUCGGUCAGGGGAAUAGGAACUGCUGUCCUGAGCAGGAGGCGCACGGGCCCGCAACGGGGGGGAAUUCACACGCGGGGGAAGGCGUGAGGGCAGGAGCCAUAUUAGGGGGGGCUUCACACGCAGGGGAAGGCGCGAGGGCAGGGGCUGCAGCGGGGGUGGCUUCACACGCAGGGGAAGGCGCAAGGGCAGGCGAUGUCGCCGGAGUAGGGGAGGACGACGAAGCGCUGGUGAACAAGGUGCGACAACAUAACACGCGGGAUGGAAUGGAGGCGGCGACGAAACACUGGGCGGACGACCUUCGCUUCUGGAACGAAACCGAAGGGAACGCCAUAGUAAAGUUGAUACAGGAAGCGAGCCCGCAUCUUGUGGCGGUGGCAUGGGGAGUGCAGUGUCCGCCCGUUCGUCGAAGCAUUGUCUUGCCUCAUACCACCAUCCCGCAACACAAAAUCGAGGACAAAACGGAGUUGAACGCUGCCAAGGAAAAGGGCGCUGAAGCGAGCAGGCAACGAGGGUACCACGCUUCGUACGGGUACGAGCUGAACAACGCUGCCACUGACAUCGCUCGAGCGAUCUGGAUGGGGGAGGACUGGCGUAUAAGUGUGAGCCCCAUGGUCUUCCAUAGUACUCUGGACAUGGAUAUGAAGUUGCCACUGUGGUUCGUCGCCACCGAAAUCGAGGACAGGCACGAGGACAACGAGUUGGCGUCGUAUCAGGAGGCGAGCAUCCAGCGACUGGUGGGGGCUUUCACGAGAGCCGUGAGCAUGGCGGAGGGGGUCGACGACUGGCGGGUGUCCUACGAAAGGUUGAAGAGCAUUGCCGACACGAUGAGGAUCAUGCUCGCGGCAACCAUGUGGUUCAUUACGACGCGUGGCUUUUUGUCCAACUAACAACGAAGCCAAUGUUCAUCGCAUCCAUGCAUUGCUCAUUCAACAUGCGUCGCAAUAUCCUUCAAGCUGCGAUC